AUGUCGGACUCGGGGGUGGCCUUGCCGGUGUAGCCGUACUCGGGGGCGAGGUACCCGAUGGUGCCGGCGAGGACGGUGGUGGAGGUGGUCCGGUCUGUUCCCUGGGCUAGGCGGGCCAAGCCGAAGUCGCCGAGGUGGGCCUCGAAGUCGGCAUCGAGGAGGACGUUGUUGGGCUUGACAUCGCGGUGGACGACGGUGCCGCCGCACUCCUCGUGGAGGUAGAGGAGGGCGGAGGCGAGGCCGAGGAGUAUGCGGUGGCGAGUGGGCCAGUCGAGGGUUCCGGCGGUAAUGUGGCGGUCGAGGCUUCCGUUGGGCAUGAACUCGUAGACGAGUUAGGAGGCUCUUGCCGCUGUGGCACCACCCCUGAAGCUGCACGAUGUUCUUGUGACGUAGACGCCCGAUAGUGCAUAUCUCCGCAAAGUACUCCCUCUCGCCUGAUGAAUAUAAGACAAUGGUGCGAUCAAAAAGUGGUAAAACGUAAUACACUGCCGGCAAGUGAGUUUAGUGUACGGGUAAACUCAUUUGUUAUCUGGUUGAUGCUGUUACAUCGGUAUGGACGAGGUAAAGUCUUACCAGCUCACGCGCAUUCCUAAUUAGUUGUCAGAACUAAGCUGCCAAAUCAGAGCAUAUCACAUUUUUAAGACUACUCACAUGUGCAGAGGUAAAGUUAUUCUUGAUCAUGGCAAACCUUGUUUGGAGGUGGCGGAGAUUCUUUUGACAGCAACUACUGAAGGUGGAUUAGAAAAGUUCCCCCUGUAGACACUGCCAAACCCACCCUUACCGAGUAAGUUGGCACUGCUGAAACGCCUUGUGGCCGUCGAGAGCUUGUCGUACGUGUACACCUUGGGCGCAUUCGCUGCGUUCCUCAAUCACCUCCUCCACUUCCUCACCCCGAGCAGGAUCAGCAGCCCUAGUAAGAUAACACCGAAAGGGAUCGACAGGAUGAUGGCGAGAAUGGUGCCAACUCUAUGCUUCGAGUCCGGCAGUGGGGUUGACGAGAAGUUCCAGCUGAGAACCCGGAUGCUCUCGCUGGCGUCAAGCGAGGGACCCGAGGCCGCGGUGAAACCCACGUAGAUGGGAUCUAUCUUGGCGAUGACGAUAGAGAAGUUGAGGACGCUCUUGAGGGGUUCCUGGCCGGCGUACCCCGCGGAGACCUCCAGUUUCUUCGUCCACCCGUCGUAAUUCACCCUGUAAGUCACUGGUAUUUCCCUGUUCAGGUCGACGUUGGCUUUGCUAGGAGGCGCAGUGAUGUUAGAGACGAUGCUAGCGAUGUCAACACCGACGUGAUAUUCCUGGAUUUCGUAUUCGUUCGGUACGGUGUCGAUCUCCACGGCCAGCUGCCCCGUCGUGUUCCAUGCUAAGUAGGUAACGUCAUUAGUCCAAGACCAAAAUAUCCAGAACUUAAAAUUAUCAGUCAGAGACUUUCAAAUAUUCAAGAUAAUUAGAUAUUAUAGCUUCAAGGCUUUACGAACAGCAUCGCCUCUUUUACGCCAUCGACUAUGUGCCCGCAUCAAUGAGAAGACUACCCAAGUGAGGAGAGGAGCUUCGGUUUCUGUAAGGAGUCGAAUAGAAACGAUAAAUAAGGUUCUCUCAUAUGUCCCACCUUCCACAUAAUACAUACGUGAAUUAAAGGUUCUUGAUGUUGGAAUGUGGAUUCGGGAAUCGAUUGAUCAUCAACCUUUGUUAAUCGGUCCGGAUGUAGAGAGCAAUACAUUAAACCUCAAACCCAACUUCUUUUAGAUGAUCUAAAACUACAAAUUGAAAACAUUACAUUCCUUGAGGGAAUAUCCUGGUAACACACAAAAACUUAAUGCGAGUAAAAUUCCAUUUUGUUUAAAAUUAUAUAGAAAAAAAUCAAUUUAAUUUUUUAGAUCGUUGUCGUGCAACGGAGCGGAAGUAUAUAGACUAAAAGCGAGCGUUGUAUACGAACCCCUAAUAUUUCAUCGCAUCGAGAACUGAGAGGGAUUCCGUGGCUCACCAUUCGUACUCUGGUCGAACAGGCCCAAAAAACCGCCGGUGCUUCCUGGGGGCUCUGGCGCAUGUCGGUGGUCAUCACGAACGCCAUACCGUCUCCGAAGUAGGUCGCGUUGGGGCGCUUGCGGAUGAGGACGGUGAAGUUGGUGUCGUAGUUCGAUGGCCACAUUAUCGCUGGCCGGUUGUACAGCACCCGGCCGAUCUUAUUGAGCAGCAGGUCAGGGUUCGUGCCGUUACUCUCCUCAGGGACGAGGCAGAGGUAACCGUCGGUCACGCUGCUGUUUUGCAUGCAUCUCAGCAGGUCGCCGGCAUCGCAGCUACUCCGCGGGAACGAAGGGAAGGAUAUCGGCGGAGGCGGCUUAGCUUCACCUGGAGAAAUUAGUAGAAUGGCGGAUACAAAAGCCACGGCUGUCGGCCACAACAACGGCAUGGAGCACAUCAUUUUUAUUGGCUUCCAGUGGGGUGGUAGGCAAGUGUACUCGCCGGUGGAAAUAUUUAGCCUCCUUACUAGUGAUAGCCGCACCAGCCAUCUGAUGAGUGACUCCAGACACAGUCCGAAGGAAAGCAUUGAGUUCUUGUUCUGCUGCUUUAGUCUUCGAGAAGGCGCUCUUGUAUGCCUCUCCCCACCACAAGCGAUGCUUGUGAGGGUGUGAAAACGAGCAUCGCUUUUGCGCCAGUCCUGAAGACUCCACUCCUCACAAGUUGCACCGUUUAGUUGAAAAUCACAGAAUAAAUGCCAUAGGAAGCCGCCAUUUCCCAGUAAUGCGGAGGCCAAUCUUCUAGAAGGAUGGCGCCGAACUCGUGAAUGGCCAAUAAACGAGCAUCACAUCGACUCGAAGAGCCCUCCCGCAGCCGUAGUCUCUCGAGGUAUGGCCGCCCGGACACGCAGGCCAACCCGCCACCCGUCACUGGUGAUAACAGUGAGAGAGAAUCAAAACGGCGCUGUCUGAGAGUACCCACCUUGAUCUCACUUAAAGAGAAGAGGCCAAAGCUGCCGGAAAUCUAGGCAGCGACAUGCUGCUCCAAUAGUUACAAGUCCCCCAUCGCUGGUGGGGAACUUGGAACGGUCGGCUCAGGUUUAUGGAAUAUAGGUGUUGUUUUAGUCACUAAUUGAGUCGGGCUGCUUAGAAGUCGGCGGUCCUUAAACCUGAGCCGUUAAUCUUCUAUAAAUCAAUCACUUGCAUCAAUUUGUUCCCCAGUUUGCCUCUUAUUCACGACUUUAAAAAAAUGAAAUUAUUAAGCUAAUCGAUUCGGCCUAGGUAAUGUGGAGAACACAGUGUGCGGUGCAAUGACUUGUGUCGUCUUUCAUCAGCCGGUCUCAUCUUUUGCCACCGGAGGAAUACAUCACGCCAAAAAGUCUAGGCUGCAUCAAAUUCGGAGACUUAACCGGAUUUACGGGGCCUAUAUAGUCCACAAAUCAUACUUCUGCAAAUUGAUGCCGUCAGGACCUAAUGAAGUAUAUACGCUAGAACGUGAAUUGGUUACGAGAUCCGAUCUUCACCAACAUAAUAUCAGCUCGUUGGCUUUGGACUCGCCCCAAAAUUUCAACCAAUGAGCAUCAUGUAAGUGGAAAAAGUAGAGCGACGGUCAUUGAUGAACAGUUGCCUUGUCUGUCUUCAUCGACGAAGUGCUUCUUGCAUACUGUGUUGCUGAUGAGCGUCCCCUCCUUUUUCUGCAGAAGAAAUGUAAACACCCUUUUUACGUCGUUCGGAGAAUACCUAUACGUCUACGGUCGGAUAAGUUCUCGAUCUUACUUCUGAGAGAGAAUCCUCUUACACACCCUAGAGACGCCAGCUCUCCCCCUCUUAUAUUACGGGGUUAGAUAAACAUUAUUGUGAUAAAAAACAACAAUUCCUUACUGCAAAAUUUUGCUCCGCCCAACCCCCCCCGUUGAGAACCCCGCUGGAUCCCCGUACUCGCCGAAGACUGGACCAACCUUAUGUGCAACAAUCUCCCCGUCGUGAUCUCAAAGAUGCCCAGACCUCAAAAGGUCAGGAGAUCAUGAGUCCCCCACCACAGGAGUGUGGAGACUUGAAAGUAGGCCGCCUUUCCGGGGCCUCAUCUAAAAUAAUCGACGCAUACACAGGGAAAUAUGGACACGGGGAAGAAGUCGCACUCUUUUAUGUUAAUUCCAAGGGAGAUGCCCACUUUGGGAAAUAGUAAUUAUAAAUAUGUGAUAUGCGAAUUUUUCUGAAAAGAUUGAUCAUCCUAAUACGUUACCCAUUCUACUUAAACGGGAUAUCGAUAACAAAGAAAUCAAAUUUGCAGGAGUAAAUAACCGCGUAAAGACGAAUUCUACUUUACAAAAAUUCAAGUUUAUAAAAGAAAGACACCUUCUACUUUACAAAAGUUAAAGUUUACAAAAGAAACACACGGGAACUGUCAUAUCUUCCUUCAGCUGGAACGCAACGGAGAAACGAGAAACUCUAUCAAUGACUCAGAACUUCCUUCACACGACUAGAGAAACACCCAUGUCCAGGAGCCUAUUUUCGAAAACUCUGUCUAAUCUGCGAUACCCACUCACCUAUCACCGAGCAAGGAGAAGACUCGAUUUCGUGCUGUCCGGCGACGCUCCCAUCGGCAUCGUCGUGCUGGUGGACAUGAUACUGACAAUCUCGAAGCUGAAGUCCAUCAUCGAGGGAGAGGGUAUAAUGGUGUCUGGCCGGCUCUCCGGCAUCUCCAUCAGAGGCUCGCUGGGAUUUCCAAGGAUUUGCACCACCUGCCUGCUCCUCGGCCGACUCGCCGGGUUCGGGUGGGAGCACAUGAGCCCCACCAAAAGUGUUCUCCUCACCUCCUCCUCGUCGAACUGACUCUCCAAUCUCGGAUCCACCGCCUGGAGCAGCUUGCCGGAGGUGUACAGUUCCCAGACGUGAUCCAGAAGGUUGUUAUCGUCCAAGCCCAUCAGGGACCUCCGCCCGCAGACCACCUCCAGAACCACGACGCCGUAGCUGAAGACAUCGGACUCGGGGGUGGCCUUGCCGGUGUAGCCGUACUCGGGGGCGAGGUACCCGAUGGUGCCGGCGAGGACGGUGGUGGAGGUGGUCCGGUCUGUUCCCUGGGCUAGGCGGGCCAAGCCGAAGUCGCCGAGGUGGGCCUCGAAGUCGGCAUCGAGGAGGACGUUGUUGGGCUUGACGUCGCGGUGGACGACGGUGCCGCCGCACUCCUCGUGGAGGUAG